AUGCACACAUUUUAUCGUUUUUUCGUGCGAUCAACACGUAGUUCUAAAUAUCGUAAACAUUUAAUUGUUCUUAUAACGUUUGUAUCUUUCCUUGGGAUUUUUCUAUAUAUUCGAGAAGAAUAUAAUAUACGACAAGAAAAUAAUGAAGAAAAUAUUAUUUCAAGUAGCAAAGUAUUACCGACAGAUAAGCAACCAAAUAAAAUCAUAUCAUCGAAUUUAGAAAACUGUGCUUAUAAAAAUUGUCCAAAACUUCGUGAAGAUGUUAUUAAUGUGCAUGUUAUUUGUCAUACACAUUUAGAUCCCGGUUGGCUUAAUUCCGUUGACGGAUACUUUUUUGGUAUUGAACAUGGUCGUAAUAGUCAAAAGAACGGUCAAGCGUAUCGACAUAGUAUGGCAAGCGUUUUAACAAUAUUCAAUAAUGUGGUGAGUGCUUUACUUGAAAAUGCUCAACGUCGGUUUGUGAUGGUUGAAAUGUCAUUUAUAUGGCGUUGGUGGAAACGUUUAGAUGAAGAUUAUAAAAAAAUAAUACAAAAAUUAUUGAAUGAUGGACGUAUUGAUAUAGCUGGUGGUAGUUGGGUUUCAAAUGAUGAAGCUGUCAGUCAUUAUUCUGCAAUGAUUGAUCAAUGUACAUUCGGUUUUCGUUUUGUUAAAGAUGAAUUACGUAUUUGUUCACAACCUGCUGUUGCUUGGCAACUUGAUUUAUUUGGACAUGGACGAGAAAUCAAUUCUUUAUUUGCUCAAAUGGGUUAUGAUGCUAUUUUGUUUGGUCGUCUGGAUUAUCAAGAAAAAGAACAACGUACAGCUGAAAAAACAUUACAAAUGAUUUGGAAAGUAAAUGAAAAUGCUCCAAAGAAUGAACGGUGGUUAUUUACUGGAAUUCUUCCCAAUCUAUACCAUCCACCAGAAACAUUAGCCUUAAAAUCGGAUGUUGCAGGUAGUUUAUUGAGACCAUCUGAUGUUGAUACAAUACCAGAAUCAGCUAGUGUGUAUAGUAAUCGUUUGCUUCAAGAACUCAAAACUCAGCAACAAAAAUAUAAUAGCAACAAUAUAGCUGUUAUAUAUGGUGGUGAUUUUGAAUAUGAAGAUGCUACACAAUAUUUUCAAAAUAUUGAUGCUAUGAUUGAUACUAUUAAUAGUAUACAAAAUACCACGAGUGAUAAUAAGAAAUUCUAUGUACACUAUUCAACACCCACUUGUUUUGUGCAUGCUUUAUCACAAGAAAAACGUUCAUGGCCUGUACGUGAAGGUGAUUUUUUAUCAUAUGCACAUCGUGCACAUGCAUUUUGGACCGGAUUCUAUACAUCGAGACCAGGCAUCAAAUAUUAUGAACGCUCAUUAGGAGCUUUCUAUCAGGUGAAGUUGCUUUGA